UCCUAAAACCUCACUCGCCGAUCUAUCAGAACUCUACAGUGUGUCGCAGAACGAGAGAGAGAGAUAGAGACAAUGGCGGCGUCGCUUAUGAACAGAGCAAUCUCCAGAACCGAAACAACCGGUGCUUUCAGACUCUCGCUCAACCUCCUGAGAAACUUCUCGGCAGCUCCGGCGGCGGCAUCUCCGUCAUCUGAAAACCCUAGCUCCGAUCCGAUUAAACCGAAACGAAGGAAGAAGAAGAACCUAAUCGAAGUCGCUCAGUUCUUACCUAACUGGGGAAUCGGGUACCAUAUGGCUAAAGCUCACUGGAACGGAGUCUCUUAUGAGAUCACUAAGAUCAAUCUCUACAAGGAUGGUAGGCAUGGCAAAGCGUGGGGUAUUGUUCACAAAGAUGGGCUGCGAGCUGCGGAAGCUCCUAAGAAGAUAAGCGGAGUUCACAAACGCUGCUGGAAGUAUAUCCCUAACCUGUCCAAGACCACACCUACAACAACAAACUCUGCACCCGCCGCCGAAGUUCAAGCUGCCUGAUGAUCUGUUUGCUUCCAUUGUUUGUGGGGGUACUUCUCAGGAUAUAUCUGUUUGCAGUUUGUUUACCUUUUGGAAGAUACAACUCUUUUGUUACUUGAUGAGUCACUUUUGAAUUUGGUGGUAGCUUUGUAGGAAAAUAUUGGCUUUUCGGUCCAUCUUUUAAAGACUUGUACGCUUCUUGACAUGGAUUGUGAUUGGCUUUUUGUGCAACUUGUGUUGUAGGUGAUCUUCUGGUGUUAAAACAUCUAAUAAAAUACAUCAUUUACCA